GCGCGGUUCAGACGCCCCAUGGCGUCCCCGCGGGCCCUGCCCCUCUGCCUGCUCGUCUUCCAGAUGGCCGCCGGGGCCCGGGGCCAAGAAGCCGUCGCCCCGGGCUGCCGCCUGCACCCGUUCAACGUGACCGUCAGGAGCGACCGCGGCGGGACCUGUCGGGGGUCCCACGUGGCUCAGGCCUGCGUGGGCUACUGCGAGUCCAGCGCCUUCCCCUCCAAGCGCUCGGUGCUGGUGGCCAGCGGCUACCGGCACAACAUCACCUCCGUGUCCCAGUGCUGCACCAUCAGCCGUCUGCGGAAGGUGAAGGUUCAGCUGCAGUGCGCCGGAGCCCGGCAGGAGGACCUGGAGAUCUUCACCGCUCAGGCCUGCCAGUGCGACACGUGCCGCCUCUCCCGCUACUGA